AUGUAUCCGUUCUCUGACUGCUUUAGCUAUAAAAGUUUUGGUGGGAAGUCCAUUUUGGAGAAAGAGACUCCGGUGAUCAGUUUGGUAUUGGGAGGAGGAGUGAAGUGGAAGAUUUAUGGGACAAACUCGUUGGUGAAGGUGAAGAAGAACGUUGUGUGCUUAGCGUUUGUGGAUGUAGGAGAUAGUCCAAGAAUUCCUAUUGAAAUUGGAGGAUAUCAAAUGGAAGAUAAUCUUGUGGAGAUUGAUCUUGAGGCCUCGAGGUUUUCUUUCACUUCUUCCCUUUUGCUUCACAACACAUCUUGCAGUCGCGUGUGA